UUAUGCAACUUUGUUUCGAUCUACUCGCGAUAAUUAUAAAAAUAUCGGCACUUCGACGGAUGUUUAUAUAGUUUUAGUAUUUCCCAUGAAGCGUGAAAAUGGACAUCACAUUAUUAAACAUGGUCAAUGUAUGACAAACCCUUUGAAGAGCAGGCGAGAUAUUACCCCUUUAAACGCUGAUUUAUUCCAGCAGGUGAGACACCAGGGCACACAGGUUAAAGGUUUCGUACAGAGAAAGCAAAAUGAAAUUUUAUGUAGCUAAGUCUCAUGUAGCUAAAAACUCCAUCUCGAGACCACACCUAUCGUCAAAACCAGACCAAAUGCUGACGAAAACCGGUAGUUCGUCGGACCAUGAUCGAACAAAACAGCAUAUGCAUACUUCUUAUCUUGUAUAGUAACAAGUCACUAGAACUCGUUGGCCACGUCAAUUGAUCUAUUGAUCGCGCGAACGUAACUAGGUGAACUGCCUGGAAUUCUACACAUUCAACUGUCUUUUUUGUCUUUACUUUGCGUACACGCCAAAGGCACGAGAACUCAAGGAGAGCAUGCAGACGAUUGGAAACCAGAAACUCCCUCGCAAGGUGGCCAGAAGCCUCCUGACGUUCCAGCUGUGUUUCGACGUCGACGGCUUUUCAUUCAACGCUUGCGGGUUCUUCACGGUGGGGCUCUCGAUUAUUCAAGCGAUGGUCGGCGUGGUUGUUACCUACACUCUGGUACUCCUCCAGACAAAACUAAGCGGGGUGUCCGUACACUCUAAGGAAUGCAGCCGCAUGGACAACGGAACAGCCUAGUUCAAGCCCAGCUCAUCGUGGAUGUAUUGAACUGUGAAGGAAUACAAGAGCGUCUUAAUAAUAAAAAUAGCUAAAGUUGCGUCCCAUCAUUGUGUUUUCCAGCACUGGAUACGUUAGCUUGCGUUUUGCG